CAGUAGGCAGAAGCAAUUUACUGGUUGAGAAAUUGAGCACGGGUGAAUUAGCAGGGAGUUCGUGGCAGGAUUGAUUUCGUAGCUCACAUUGCUCGAAGUUUCACUCGAAGUAGGCAGAAGCAAUUUACUGGUUGAGAAUUUGAUCACGGGGCGAUUUGAGACGGGCGUGGUUGACUGUCGGUUCGAGGCUAGACUGAUUGUGAAUGAUUGUGAAUGAUGGCGUGACGUCGGGCGACUGGAAGGUAACUGGAAUUGAGCUACUACAAAGCAACGCGAAUCCUGCUAUCACGUGGGCUGACUUCGGUCGUCGCUGACGUCUACGCACUGUGAGCGAUGUCGAUCUAGCGAGCGAGCUCAUUACUGAUCAUUACUGCUGGGAGUACAAGAGUCUGAGCGACUCGUAGGAGCACAGUUCUCAUAAACCUUAGAUCUGAAGGCGACCAUCCCGACCAAUCUCAGUACGGGACGUGCAGUCGUCUUAUUUUUUCUGUCUGAAGUCCAGCCCAGCGUCAUGGCUGCGGCGUCCGUGGUCGGCUCGAAAACGAGGGAGUUGAGCACCACCGAGAGAAAUUGGGUCUCUCUCCAGAAAACGGGGACAGGAAUCGUGGUCGCAGCUUUCUGGUUCGCUCGUCAGCUGUCGACGGCAAGCGUCCAGGCCGCCGUGAUCGAGCUGGUCAAUCAGCUGCCUUACCUGAAUUCUCAGGUCCGGACCGUGGACAAGGGCGGCGAGAAGAAGCUGUUCUUCCAGCUGAGGAAAGAUCUGCCCACGCUGGUGGAAGAGGUGAAUCCCUUCACGGAGGGAGAGGGGGAAGGAGUCGGAGGAGAGCAGGAUGAAGCCAGGGAAACGUGGUCGAGGAUCGUGGAUCUGGAAGCGAACAGGAGCUUCCCAAUUCAAAGCGAUGAUUUCUCUCGGGUUUUCCAGGUGGUGCUAUACAAAAACUUGCCGAAUAAUUCUGUGCUCGUGGUGCUGCGGUUUCAGGCCAGCGCGUUCGAUUGCCCGAGCUUGGAGCCCGUAGUGUCCAGGUUCUUCAAAACUCUACGACAGGUGGUGGAGAGAGAGGAGCAAAAAGAGAAAGUAGAGGAUUUGAUGAGAAAUAUGACCCUGAACGAUGAUACAGUCGGAAAUUUCACCUACCAUCCUUCGAUGGAGGAUAUGAUCCCCAAAGGCCUCGGGGACAAGAACAUUCUGAGCAAAGGUUUCGAAAUCAUGUCCAAUGGUUUAAAGGCACAGUCGUAUCGCUAUUUCGCAUUCGACUCAAAAACUGUGAAGAAAGAGCAGAAAACUCGCCAUAUCCGUGCUUCUCUUUCUCGUGAAUCUAGCGACCGUCUCAUUGAAGCGUGCAAAAGUAACUCGACAGAUCUGUACGGAGCAUUCAGCACCGCUUUUUCGAAAUCUCUGGCAGACCACAAGCGAAUGGGAAAGAAGGGGGAGCAAUAUUCCUUCGUUGUAUUGUUCGAUUGCAGAAGCCUGCUGAGCCCCCCGCAACCGCAAUCGCUCAUGGGAUUCUAUAAUUCGGCGAUGCUGGCCACGACACAAGUAUCCGAGAACUCGAAAGGAGUCACCCCGUUUUGGAAAUGUGCUGCUGAAGUGACUAAACACUUCCAAGCCGCUGUCAAAGAGAAAAAGCAUUUUAAGGACAUCAAACUCAUAAACAGUUUGAUGGUGACGGCAAUGAACUUUCCCAACCUCACUCCCGAGGGCUCACUCAGAACUGCGACGUACAGCAUAUUGCACGAUCCAGCGCCCAUGAACAUUCCCAAGGAGGAUUCUGAGUACUUGCAACUGAAGGACCAUGUUGUGUAUAUUUCCUGUCAUGGAGCAGGCCCUUGCGUUGCGAUUUAUGUUUUUCUGGAAGAUGGAGCCCUCAAGUUCACUUUCUGUUAUCCUUCCCCCAUGUUCAGUCGUCAGCACAUCCAGGCCGUCGUUGAUGGCGGCAUGCACCAUCUAACUAGCUCACUGUAGAAGACACAGACAUUUGUAACUGGAAUUUUUUCCAGAAUCUAGGAGUAGCACACUUGUGUAGAAAUCCCAUCGUCUUCACAAUCGAGAUGAGCAGUGUUAGUAACCGGGACAAGGUUUCGUUUGAUAAGGCUACGGUUCUCAUUUGAUGUUUUUUGGGACUAGAGUUAAAUAAGCAAGGAUUAUGUUGUCGAUGGAUGAGAUUAGUAUUGUACGACCUAUUCUUAUGAGCAGGCCUCUUCAAAUUAUUCAUUUGACUAGUUUAUCUAUUUUUCCCU